UUAUCGCGUCCUGAGCUUUGGAUCCCCCUUUAGUUUCACAUAUGCCCCCACCUCCGUUUCCACUUUGAUGGCGGCUUCCGAGGAGCAUCCCUUAGUAAGAACCGUCCCAAAUAUCGUGAUUUGGAUCCACCAAGGCUUGCGGCGAGCCGUGGAAUGUGUGUGUUAGGGGCGCGGGGUGAUGUUAGCACGUGGUCUUGUUAGGCCUUGAAUGGGGGAAUAGGAGGCCUGUGUUCACGAUUAGUUUCCACCACCUGCCAACUUGGAACCUUUACAUCUCUCCAAGCCUGAGUUUCCCUGUCUGUGAGACAGCUGCGAAUACCGGUUUCCGGAGAGUAGUGAAGAACCCUUGUGAACACCUUCUUCAGCUUCCUUCGACGCAAAACAGACUUUUUCAUUGGAGGAGAAGAAGGGAUGGCAGAGAAGCUUAUCACACAGACUUUCAGCCACCACAAUCAGCUGGCACAGAAGACCCGGCGGGAGAAGAGAGCCCGGCAGGAGGCCGAGCGGCGGGAGAAGGCGGAGCGGGCGGCCAGACUGGCCAAGGAAGCCAAGUCAGAGACCUCAGGGCCCCAGAUCAAGGAGCUAACUGAUGAAGAGGCAGAGAGGCUGCAGCUAGAGAUUGACCAGAAAAAGGAUGCAGAGAAUCAUGAGGCCCAGCUCAAGAAUGGCAGCCUUGACUCCCCAGGGAAGCAGGAGACUGAGGAAGAUGAGGAGGAAGAAGAUGAGAAGGACAAAGGAAAACUGAAGCCCAACCUAGGCAACGGGGCAGACCUGCCCAAUUACCGCUGGACCCAGACCCUGUCGGAGCUGGACCUGGCGGUCCCUUUCCGUGUGAACUUCCGGCUGAAAGGGAAGGACGUGGUGGUGGACAUCCAGCGGCGGCACCUCCGGGUGGGGCUCAAGGGGCAGCCAGCGAUCAUCGAUGGGGAGCUCUACAACGAAGUGAAGGUGGAGGAGAGCUCAUGGCUCAUUGAGGACGGCAAGGUGGUGACUGUGCAUCUGGAGAAGAUCAAUAAGAUGGAGUGGUGGAGCCGCUUGGUGUCUGGUGACCCUGAGAUCAACACCAAGAAGAUUAACCCUGAGAAUUCCAAGCUGUCAGACCUGGACAGUGAGACUCGCAGCAUGGUGGAAAAGAUGAUGUAUGACCAGAGACAGAAGUCCAUGGGGCUGCCAACUUCAGAUGAACAGAAGAAACAGGAGAUUCUGAAGAAGUUUAUGGAUCAGCAUCCGGAGAUGGAUUUUUCCAAGGCUAAAUUCAACUAGCCCCUGUUUUUUCCUCCCUGAACUCUUGGGGCUGAGCUGCAACCACCCACCUUUCUUGCCCACUCUUCUCUGGGACUUGUGGGCCUCAGGGCUUGGGGCAGGCAUGGGACUGGCCCAGGCACACAGGUCCCAGGGCAUCAGAAGAAAGGCUGGGGCUUGGGACCUUGUCCUCCCCAAUUGGCCUACUGUUACACAUUAAAACGAUUUGCCCAGCUC